AUGGACUCGAUUCUUGAUCUCGCUGCACAGUUCAACCUCACUCCAUCUCCAUCGGCUGUUGCUGAUCCUCUUUCAUUGUCUUCCUCGUCACAACAACAACAACCACGAGAAACGCCACCAACCCAACAGGUGCAGGUGCCACGGUCAAUCAGAGUUGCAGGCCUUGUCCUGGACAUUGAACGUACCCAACGACAGCUCGCUCAGAUGGAGAGUCAACUCCGGGAUAUCAGGAAACUGCAACUCGCUGAGGACUUUUCAAGCCAUAGCAUCAAUGACCGGAUACGAUGCCUGGACACUUUCGCCGACCAGAUCAUGCUCCUUCACCAAAACCAGGCCCAACUCCUCGAUAGACUGAACCGUACCUCCUCCUCCUUCUCCUACGAUGGCGACUCUCGUCACAGCCACCACCAGCAGCAAGAUGUCAUUAUAAUGGACCCACAGUACCACCACGACUUUGUGGAGCUAUUUUAUCAGAUUCAGGACGAGGUUCCGAAAAUCGAUGGGAAUUUGAGGGCGCUGCUUGGUUGGAACCAGCAACAACAGCAAGAUUCUUCCUUGAUGGGACGGACAUCUUCUUCGUCGGCAUCGUCGACUUUGACGUCGAGGUCUCAGAAUGCUACUACCUUGGACCGACUCAAAACGAGCUUGGACGGGCUGACGAGUCUCUCGCAGCAGCAAUUGGAGAUUCUUGAAGCAUCUUCCAAACUGCAAGCCAACCUCAUCAAAGUCCUUCAAUCCUCUUCUUCUUCUUCCACCAUGAAGCAUACAAUGAAAUAA